AUGGGCGAUUCAAAACGCAGAUCCCUCGACUUCAAGAUCCUCCCCGCAACAGAGGCUGAUUGCGCCACGAUCGCAAGUAUAGAGGCUAUCUCCAACUGCGAGGCUAGCAAGACCAAACCGGAGAACAACAUUUCGCGAGUCAUAUUUGGGCCCUCUAACGAUACGUCACUUCGCGCCAAGGAUCUCCUCGAUAAACUGCAAAAUGACAAGAGCAUGCAGAUGUGGAAGGUUGUAAUCAGCGAUGACAACGGCGAAGACAAAAUUAUCGCCCUUUCUAUUUGGCAUUAUUAUCUUGAGCCUAAGGUGAUUGAAGACUGGAAGGAUAUUGAGUGGCCACCUACCGCGCAUGCAGAGGGUUGCAACGCGUACAUUCGCUCGGCCACAGCAAUGCGGAAGAAACACAUGUCGGGGAAGAUAUUUGGCCACCUGCAGGUUUUGGCCACUCUCCCCCAGUAUCGUGGUUAUGGAAUUGGUUCGACUCUCAUGAAGCGGGGCCUUGAGGAGGGCACAAAAAAUGGUCUAACAGAUUUUUGGCUCGAAGCCUCUAACGAUGGCCAUGAUCUUUACGAGAAAUUUGGAUUCCGCGACGUGGAGCCGAAUUUGAUUGAUUUGGAGAAGUACGGUGGAGAGGGCAUUGCGGCAGUCAGAACUAUGAGAAGAGUGCCUAAUUGA